AAUUUAAUAAUUCUGUGUCUAAGAAAAUACGACGGAAAUCGUUAGUCGUUAAGCAAAUUUACAUCAUGUAACAAUAAUUAGCAUGAACCAUCGUUUACGAUUCGGACUACUUCAAGCAACACUGUCCCUUCAAAUCUGCGUCUCGCGCCUUUUUCACGUCGUUAUUGCUCGAUUACAUUCAAUUAUAUUUAUCAACGAUAAGUAGUAGAGUGUAACCGGUAAAAUUAAAGAAAAUGCGCGCACCUUAAGAAGAAACCAAAAAUAUGAAGGAACGAUGAAUAAAACUUCACACGUUUUGUGUUGUGCGUUCAUUUUAUGAAACGGAGAUUCGCCUGUUCGCAUUCCGUUGCGUAAAUCCGCGAGCCGGGAGUGCUUAGGUUAUCUUUUUAAAUGGAAGAAGUGGCUAUUGUUUCGCCACAAGCAGGUUUGAAUUCUAAUGACAAAACUAGCGAGAAAGGGGACGAUAAUUCUAGCGCAAAUUACAAUGACUCUGAGAGUGAUCGCGAAAUCCCAUAUGGGGAAUGCACCCCGCAACAGACAUCGACGAGUAGACAGAUUGACAAUUCAAUCUUUAAUACCAUAUCUAAAAUCGUUAAUUCCACGGCAAAGGUACCGGAGAUUCAUGACUUUAAAAUCGUGAAACCAAUAAGUCGCGGUGCGUUUGGCAAAGUAUUCCUUGGAUACAAAAAGUCGAAUCCCGAUAAAUUAUAUGCAAUUAAAGUAAUGAAGAAAAAUGAGAUGAUACAUAAGAACAUGGCUUCGCAAGUCAUUAUAGAAAGAAACAUAUUAGCUUUAACUCGUAGCGCUUAUUGCGUACAAUUAUUUUAUUCAUUGCAAUCCGUUAGCAAUGUUUACUUAGUAAUGGAAUAUAUGGUAGGUGGAGAUCUUAAGAGUUUGCUCAGUGUUUACGGUUACAUGGAAGAGCCCAUGGCAGCUUUUUAUAUCGCAGAAGUCUGCUUAGCUUUGGAGUACCUUCACUCUCAUGGCAUUGUACAUAGAGAUUUGAAACCAGACAAUAUGCUUCUGUCGAUAGAAGGUCAUGUGAAGCUCACGGAUUUUGGCCUUAGUAAAAUAUCUUUGCACAGAGAUCUCGAGAUAUCCGAUUUAGUUAAUUGCACGCCCAGCCUUUGCACCAGAACCCCUGGGCAACUUCUUUCGUUGACGUCUCAUUUGUCGUUUGGUUCUGGCGGGCAGAGAUCUACGAGCGACUCAAACAUCAGCGAGAGGAGUUCGACUGGUAUCAAUUUACUUUCGGCACUGCAACAAGCCCGUACGAAAGUUCAAUCUUCACCAAAUUCGGUGGUUUCCUCCGUCGCAUCUGGGGAUUACUCCCGAGUAUCUGGUAUUGCUCCUUUUCAAUCCGCUGAGGAUCUCCAUUUGACGGAACGCUUAGAGCAAAAGGUGAUCAUUGAAACGAACGAAGAGGAGGAAAGCAGUUCCGGAAGUUAUCACACUUGCGAGGCGUCUUUGGUUAAUGUAAUCAGCCAUCUGACUCAUAAUACGGAAGAAGAGGACGAAUCCACGUUGGAGGCUGAACAGUCUCAGCAACCUUUACUCCACACGAGUCCGUUGAGUACGUGCACCAACACCUAUACUAGAAAAAGCGCAAAACGAAAGAGGCCUACAGCCGGCACAACAACUGGUUUAACGUGCGAACUUAACGCGAUAGAUUUGGAUAUGGACAAAACACCGAAGAGAAAAAAUCGCGGGUGCAUCUUUAAUAGGAGUCAGAUGGACUCCACUAUCUCUGAGUCGAUGAGACAAACGGAUAACGCCAAUAGUACGGCCGAAGGGCAGGAAAGUGGAUCUAGUGGCAGAGUCGCGUUCAGUACGCCAGUGUCCUUUACGAAACAGAGAUGCUACAGCGAGGAGAUGGGGGAGACGAAGUGCGACGAGGAGCAAACGCGCCAAAUUAAGUCGACGAGAUUUCAGCUGCCACCGGCUCACAUUUCCCAUUCGGCUCCUGAGAUAUCCAUGGAUGAAAACCAGUCGUCAAUAGACAAGCAUCGGUCACCUCAAGACAUAUCACCUAUAAAAACUCCUGCGACUUCCGGCAACUGUUACACACCGUACAGAACUCCAAAAUCGGUCAGAAGAGGGCAUACUGGCGUCAACCGAUCUGACGAUCGAAUACUUGGGACGCCCGAUUACCUUGCUCCGGAAUUGCUUCUGAGGCAAGGUCAUGGACCUGCGGUGGAUUGGUGGGCGUUAGGCGUGUGUUUGUUUGAGUUCUGUACCGGGGUCCCGCCUUUCAACGACGAGACACCGCAGGCAGUAUUCGCUAACAUUCUUGCCAGGGAUAUCCCUUGGCCGGAGGACGAAGAAGCUCUGUCGGCAGUCGCCACGGAAGCUAUCGAUGCCCUUCUAACCUUGGAUCAAACCGAGCGUCCUUCGGCGCAAGAAGUGCGGGUCAUGAAACUCUUCCAGGACUUCCCUUGGAGCGACCCACAGAAGGCAACGCCCCCUUUCAUACCGCAACCCGACGACAAUUUCGAUACGUGUUAUUUUCAAGCGCGAAACAUAAUGCAACAUUUAAAUGUGAGCAAUUGUGACACGUCGUCUUUGGAAUAUCACGACGAUGUGAAAACACGACCUGCUUCGUAACAGGGACCACGUUAACACAAGAAUUUAUGUAUAGCACCAGACUAUUUUUUAUAUACGUGUAUAUGUGUAAUAAAAUAUUUUGUUACAUCUUA